AUGAAUUUGGAGGAAUGCAUUGCUGCUAAUUUUACAUGGUCGCACCUUCCUCAAAAACUCCGUUCCCAGCUGCGCGAUGAUCCUAAAGAAUAUGAACACCACGUGGUCACAUUCAGCUUGCAAAACCAGUUGAGAUACGAUGGCAAUCUUGUGCAGCAGAUACUGCGUCGUGAAAAGAAAUACUAUGAAAGACUUAUCGAAUACAGUCGGAGGGAACAUUUGCUUUAUCCAUACCAUUUGCAAGAUAAAAUUGUUCCCGGUUUGCGUGUCACUCCGUUUGUUUACUAUCGCGACAUGCUUGUGUAUGUAGUUCGAGCGGAGCGUUCUUACGAUUGUUUACCAAAUUUCACUGCAGCUGAUUGUCUUCGUCUUCUUGGGAUCGGCAGAAACCAGUACAUUGAGGUUAUGAACACAUACAAAAGUUUUCUCACCACCGCUGGCCCUGAUCAUAGUAAUACCCUGUAUGAGAUCCUCUAUGAUAUUCUCCCACAGCAACCAGUAGAUACAAUCACAUUUGAACCGUGGUACAUUAUUCGCAUCGGUUCUGUCUUGAUGGAGGACAUUGAACAGGUGUCGAAUGCUGAACACGAACUCAUCGAUCGCAUCAUUGAUAUGGAGCAACAUCCAAUUUCCGAUCAUCCCUUGGGGAUUGAAGUGAAGGACGCAGAUCCAACAGUUUUAAAGCGCUUGUUCCAACGAGGUCUAGUUUACAUUGAUGUGCCUAUAAAUGGCAGUGAUCGGAUAUGCGUCCCUACGCUUGAAGGUUUUGUUAUGAAUCGUGUUAACGGGGAUAAUAGGGAGAAUCUUCUGUACAAAAUUUUUGUCAGUGCAGACGAGAAAACUACUAUUGAGGAGCUGGCCGAUUGCUUGCAGAUUGAUGUGAAUCUUGUGGCACAAGCCGCAUCACUGUUUUGUCGUUUAGGAUUUGCUUACAAACGUUCCGACAAUUUGUCAGCUGCGGUGUUAAACGGUCGGGAGAAUAUUGAAAUGAAGAAUCAGUCGGACUUCCUCAAAUCGGACGAUGGCAAUGGGGCCUUCCCUAGAGCAGUUCCCGUUCAAAACGCAUCGCAGAACUCGAAAAAAUUAGCUCUCAUUUUUGAUUCAACCAUAACUGCCUAUCUAAUGAUGGGUAACUUGUCAGCAGGCCUCAAACCACAUGCAGUAACAAUGUUCGAAGUGGGAAAACUUUGCGACGACUCCUUGGAGUCGUUUCUUGCCGAACUAGAUAACUUGACUAGUAUCGAUGAAGGUGAAGCGAAGCUGUAUUUUGAACAUGCAACAAAUCUGCGGGAGGCCUUGCAUUUCUUGCGUGACCAAGCAAAUCGCUCUGAGACUGAUUUUCAUGGAAUCGAUUUAGUUCGUGGUGGCUCAUUGUUGAACCUAGAGCCACAGACAAGAGUACGCAUCUUACAGAAGAACUAUAAUUUAGUUAUUAGCGUCAGCCCUCUAACAUAUGAAGACCGCCAGGCUUUCAGUGCUCUCUGGCCUGCUCACAUUGGACCACCGGUCCCAGAAGCCAACUCUCCAUGGUUUCGAUUGUAUGUGACCUUUUUGGCAAAUGGCUGUUCAUCGCACUCAAAGGAAGUCAUUCCAUCUCGUAAUUCGGUUCUUCCGGUGAUGUUGUUGACCAGAGGAACGCGAGUGGUUCAACUACCAGAUUGUUUUAUCGACUGUUCACGCUUUUUGAUUACCGUCUGGGGUCAUGAUCCGGUUGAGCUCAGUGCUUCUGCAUUGCUUAGUUCCGUAAAUGAUGUACUGCUCUCGUCUCCUGUAUUGAUCCAGACUACCCAUAUUGGUGUAGAUGGGCCGAAGCUGAAGAUCCGUUACAUUCCACUUCCUUUGUCCGAAACGAUAAUCUGUACCAUACAGAAGAAACCAGAUACCGUUCCGCUAUUUCUGAAGCAUCUGUGUGAGAAGAUCGAUCUUGCAUCUGUUUGUGGAUACAUCACUGUGUUGGCUCCCUGGACCCAAACCGAAGCCAGAUUAUCAUUCGAGAGCGCAGCUCUACAAGUGCUAGACGAAGUUCUGAACUACAUUGUACCCCCUUCGACUGUUUCAGAUACAAUGCUCCCGCAGACAGAACAAGAGAACGAUGCGUGCUGUUUGGUAUUAACCGAAUCAGAGUUGCUUGAGUUAAUGCAGCAGGGUCAAUCAGUACACUUUAUCACCUUGCACAUGGGUCUACCUAUUUUCAGUAGGGACUUGCUUCGUGCGGUUUGUGGACAAAUUGCUGAACGUACACCGAACCUACUCACCCCAGAAGCCCGGAUUCAACUGGAAGCAGCAAAUAAGCAGCUACUAAUCGGACUGGAGGAUUUCGUCUAUAAUAAAUGUGCCGCUCGCUGGCCCCGUGUGACCGAGUCUAUUCAGUCACCUCGACUUGGUGCCACGAGUCUCAAUGGGGUUGGGAUGGGUGGGAUUGGUUUAUCAGACCAAAUCCCAGGCCCGUGGCCUCUACCUACUCGUAGCGUGGAUUGUAAACCUUUUGGAAGUCCCGUGCCCUUCCGAGCUAUUCCUCUCGGUGAGGACUUAUCCACCCAAUUGAGUUCCGCUCUCAAAGAUGAUGAUGAUGGAGACACGUUCUUGGAAGAGGUUGUCAAAAUUACUCGGCAUCGAACAGUGUCAUCCGAGCAGAGUGACGGCAUUGACGAUCCUGCCUUUCAGUGCUGUUUGUGUGGGAUGCGGACACUAGAGCGAUGCUUCCAUUGUGGUUGGGCACCGUAUUGUAGGUGA